CUUCACCAACAUUUCUUCCCAGUCGGGUCUCAGCUCUGAAAGCGACUCCUUCAAACCCAGAAGUCAACCAAGAGCAGCCAUGAGCAAGUCCUACUCCUCUUCUGCCCAGUCGGCCUCUUCCUACCGCCGCACCUUUGGCUCCGGCAUUGGUUCAACACCAAUGUCCUCUCUCUUCUCCUCUUCAGGAGGAGGCCGCAGCGCCUCCAGCCACAUGUCUUCAAGAGUCUACGAGGUCAAAAGCGCCGCAUUCCCGUCCUACUCCAGCUCCAGGGUGUCUGCUGGUGCUGGGGGAGCAGGGUUCGGCUCCUCCACGGCCUUGCGCACCUACGCCGGCGAGAAACUUGACUUCAACCUGGCAGACGCCAUGAAUCAAGACUUCCUCAACACAAGGACCAACGAGAAGGCCGAGCUUCAGCACCUGAAUGACCGCUUUGCCAGCUACAUUGAGAAGGUGCGCUUCCUGGAGCAACAGAACGCAGCCCUAACCGUGGAGAUUGAGCAGCUGAGGGGCCGCGAGGGGCCGGGGCGUGUGGGCGAGCUGUACGAAGAAGAAAUGAGGCAGCUGAGGAUCCAGAUUGAAGGCCUUUCCAACCAGCGUGCCAGAGUGGAAGUGGAGAGGGACAACCUGGCUGAUGACCUGCAGAAACUGAAGCUCAGACUGCAAGAAGAAAUUCACCAGAAGGAAGAAGCGGAGAACAACCUAUCUGCUUUCAGAGCUGAUGUUGACAGUGCCACUCUGGCCAGGCUGGAUCUGGAAAGACGCAUCGAAAGCUUGCAGGAAGAGAUCGCUUUCCUCAAGAAGAUCCAUGAAGAGGAAAUCCGAGAGCUGCAGAACCAGAUGCAGGAGACUCAGAUCCAGAUCCAGAUGGACAUGUCCAAGCCUGACCUGACCGCUGCUUUGCGAGACAUCAGAGUGCAGUACGAAGCCAUCGCUGCCAAGAACAUUGCAGAGGCUGAAGACUGGUACAAGUCUAAGGUGUCUGAUCUGAACCAGGCAGUCAACAAGAACAAUGACGCGAUGCGCCAGGCCAAGCAGGAGACCAUGGAGUACAGGCACCAGAUCCAGUCCUACACCUGCGAGAUUGACUCUCUCAAGGGCACUAACGAGUCUCUGCUGCGUCAGAUGAGAGAAAUGGAGGACCGAAUGGGCCGCGAGGCCUCUGGUUUCCAGGACACCAUUGCACGCUUGGAGGAGGACAUUGCUAAAAUGAAGGAUGACAUGGCUCGCCACCUGAGGGAGUACCAGGACCUCCUUAAUGUGAAGAUGGCCCUUGAUAUUGAAAUUGCUACCUACCGCAAGCUGCUGGAGGGAGAGGAAAGCAGGAUCACCGUUCCAGUCCAGUCUGGUUACUCUUCCAUUGGAUUCCGAGAGACCAGUGCUGAGUCCCAGCGCACACCUGAGGUCCACUCCAAGAAAACUGUACUCAUCAAGACCAUCGAGACCCGUGAUGGAGAGAUGAAGUUUUCCAUGAGCCAGGGUGCUAGUGCCCAGUGUGUUGUCAGCGAGUCAACACAGCACCAACAAGACAUCAUGUAAAGUGGCAGCGUGACACAAAUGAGACAGAAUUAAGGAUGAAAAUCUAAAGGUUUUCCUACCACCACAAGCAUAAAUAAGCGGAGCCAAUUUUACUGAGAUAAUUAAAUAAAAGUUUGGUAAAAAUGCAGCUGUACAUCUGAUGCAGGCAUUAAGAAACUUGCAGCCUGGUUUAAAACAAAAUGGGCAUUCCAGGAGUUUAGUCUUCGUUCAUGUCACUACAUGUUUUACAGAAUCAGCUUUUGUGGUAGUUUUGUCCGUAAAAAACAAUUCAUUGGCAAGAAAAGACGUUCCCGAAGCUAAGAUGGGAAGUUUCUUUAGUUUGGAACGUAUCAAUGUGCCUGAAAGUGGCCCAAGAUGUCCCAGGAUUUGUAAAUGUUAAUGUAUAUGACUGGUUAGAAUGGGCUGUUUGUGUCGCUGAUUUAAGGAAAGUGCAACGUUAGAUUUAACAUUUGUAAAAAUGAAGCAAAGUGAAGUUUGAGCUAUAAAGCAUGGGCUGGUUGUUUCAAUGUAAGUUUCAGGGCAACACUGAUCAAUAAAGGUAUUUGUUACCACAA